CUCCCUGCUAGUUCUUUGUAUGCUACAGUGUACAGAGACAGAUGAGGCAAACCAUGAUUAUAUAGAAAAAAUAAAGAUUGUAGUAAUAAUCAAAAGAGAACCUUUUUGGUUUUGGUUUUUUCUUGUGUAUAAUCAAAUGCUUCCACCACUACUACUACUACUGCUACCCAAACCUCAUCCCUCACUGUAUUCUUGAAUUUUACACACUGCUAUAGUACUUCUUGUUUGGCUAAAAACACAUACUUUACUUCUAUUGCUCCAUAAACUCUGAAACAUUAUUUUUUUUUGGUGGGCAUUUGUGAGUGAUAGUGUUGUGUGGGAGUUGAUGUCGAAACCCUUAGAGGAGCAUGAUUACAUAGGCCUAUCAGAGUCCCCUUCAAUGGAGACCUCUGAGAAGAGCUGUGUUUCAUCAGUGGAGAGUGAGGGGAAAGGCAAAGAUUUGAACUUGAAGGCCACUGAGCUGAGAUUGGGGUUGCCCGGUUGUGAGUCCCCAGAGAGGGAUAAUGGGUCCCCCCCGGUGGGUGUUUUGAGGGGUUUGGUUUCUGGGGCCAAGAGGGGCUUCUCAGACACCAUUAAUGGUGGUUCUGGGAAGUGGGUUUUCCCUGGGAGUGGUGGAUCUGAGGCUGAUAUGCCCAAAGGUGCUGCCUUGUUCUCUCCUAGGGGUGUCAAUGGUGGUUCCAAGAUUCUUUGCCCUGAGAAUAAUACCACCCAGCAGUCUGACGUGGCUUCCACUGUUUUGAAAGAAUCUGCUCUGCCAUCCCCAACCCCUAGGCCAACUCAAGACCAAAAGCCUCAGGUUUCUUCUGCACCUAGCCAUGGGGUUGCCCCUGCUGCAAAGGCCCAGGUGGUUGGAUGGCCCCCAAUUCGAUCAUAUCGGAAGAAUUCAAUGGCUGCUAAUCCUCCCAAGACGAAGGAAGAUUCGAAUGGAAAAUCGGGAUCAAGUUGUCUCUAUGUCAAAGUCAGCAUGGAUGGCGCCCCUUACUUGAGGAAAGUUGACCUCAAGAACUAUAACAGCUAUAAGGAUCUGUCUGUGGCCCUCGAGAAAAUGUUCAGCUGCUUUACAAUUGGUCAAUAUGAAACACAAGGGAUUUCUGUCCAUGAUGGUUUGAGCGAAAGUAGAUUGAUGGAUAUUCUACACGGUUCAGAAUAUGUUCUUACCUUCGAAGACAAGGAUGGUGAUUGGAUGCUCGUUGGCGAUCUCCCAUGGGAGAUGUUCGUGGAUACUUGCAAGCGCCUAAGGAUCACAAAAAGUUCAGAUGCAAUUGGCCUAGCUCCUCGAGCCAUGGAGAAGUGCAAAAACCCCUAGACACGAAGUGGUCUGAGUGCAAAUGGAUCCAUUUUCUCCAAGCAAACUGAGAUUAUAAAAUGGAUGCUAGAAUGAAGGCAUUGAUCAUCUGCAUAUGAAGUCAACCAUCCACCUGGUGUUUUGUCUCUGUGUCAACUUCCUUGUACCCAAAACAAAAUUCUAGUGAACUGAACUAAUAAAUAGAUGUAUUCAUAACUAUUCUAGGCUUUUUAUAGGCUUUAAUUUGCUGUGUUUAUUUUCCUGUAUUCUUAUUUCUUUGCUAAGUGGACUGGACUCUACUAUUAUUAGUAUUAUACAUUGUAAAUCAGUGGUAUGCCUUACUUCUGUAACUCUCCUUGUUCUGCCACAAAAGCCACAAUUUUAUAUUAGUUCUGCA